AUGGGCAUGACGGUGGUGUCGAUCACGCAUGUGGUCGUGGCGGCGGUGGCGCUGCCCGAGUCGGCCGUCUUCGUCGCCGUCGCCGUCGUCACGUCGUCAGAGUCGUCCGUGUCGGGUACAGUCGUGCCCACGGUCGAUGAAAGCGCGGGAUCCAGGCUGACGGUAGAUGUGGGCGAGGUCGUCGUUGUCAGGCUAGUUGUGUAUGCAUCCGUGACUUCCUCAAGCGAGACGGUUGUGGUGGGAGGAGCAGUGCCCUCCGAACUGGGCGUCAACGUGGUCAUCUCAUCGCCAAACUCACUAGUCGUCAGCACUGGCACGUCGGUGUUUGGCAGCUCGGUUGAGUCGGAGCUGAGACUGGUCACACUUGUUGCAACAGAAUCGUCGCAAUCGGUCUCGGUCGCAACCCAGUGGCCCCGGCUAAUGUUGUACGAGUGCGGCAUCCCUGUGGUGCCGACAGUCGGGUUCGCAGCCGCCGAGGUGCUAUUGUGCCACGCCGACGUCGCCGUGGUUGCGAUGCAAGUCGUGAUGACGUCGACGGUUGUGGUCUCGGUCACGAGGCUGAGGGGGCAACCCGUUGACGACGACGACAAUGAAGUCAGGAUAGGCAAGACGGAUGUGCUGCCGGCGCUAGUGCCGUUGGUGGUCUGGUUGUGCGCGUGCUGA